GCAGAAAGGGGCUGACAUCUGAAACCGAUGCUGCCUGCCUGCCGUCUCAAGUUGAGGACUGGUGAACUGUGAGCGCCCGCAAAUGAACAUCCAUCGGACAUCUGUCAGCCUAUCACACAGGAAAAUCAGGAGAACCUCAGAUUGAGAUUUAAAUGUAUCGGCGUCAGAGAUCUCAGUAUGAAGAAGUCGGUCCGACCAGCGGUGGGUAAGGCGAGCGGAGAUCGAGGGAAGGCAGAGGCUGUGGCUACCGCUGGGACCGGAAAGCCCGCAGCCAAGACCAGCGCCACAGCAGCUCUGUCAAAGGUGAAAAGCAAUGAUGACCUUUUAGCAGCUAUGGCCGGAGGGAAUCCUGCAUCAAAUAAUGCUGUCAGCAAGACCAAGAGGACUGCCUCCAUUGGGACAACAGCGAGCAAUCUAGAUAGCAAGCCAAAGUCAACGUCAGGUACUUCAUCUAAGCGUACAACAUCUUCGGUUUCUAAGGAGCCAAAUUCAUCACGAGACCGUCUACGGACAUCAAGGACCUCAGCCAAUAAGAAGCAAUCAGUGUCUGGGACUGUAGCAGGUGAUGUGGCUGCAGGGAAGCGAUCUCGCAGCCAGAUCCUUGCAGAAUCCGAGGGUCGUAUGAGCAAGUCCAAAUCAGAUGGUCAGAUCAGUGAUAAGGUGGCUCUGGAGGCCAAAGUAAAAGACCUGUUGGGUUUGGCGAAAAGCAAAGAUGUGGAAAUCCUCCAUCUCCGCAGUGAGCUGAGAGACAUGAGGGCCCAGCUUGGUUUGGGAGGAAAGGAAGAACCGCCGCAGGAAGAAGCUGGGGAGGAGGAGAAGCCCCACGUUUCAGCCAUCACAGCAGCUGACGUGGAGUCCACUCUGAUCCUCUUACAAGAGCAGAACCAGGCCAUCAGAGAGGAGCUCAACCUGCUGAAGAGUGAGAACCGGAUGCUGAAAGAUCGGCUCAAUGCGCUGGGCUUCUCUCUGGAGCAGAGGCUGGAUGCCUCUGACAAGCUGUUCAACUACGCCUCCCUGAGCCCGGAUCUGGCAGCCAGCAGUGGGCAGAGUGAUGGUGGAGGAACAGGCACACUGACCUCCUCAAUGGAGGGCUCUGCCCCGGGCUCCUUGGAGGAUCUGCUCACAGGACACCAGCAUGGAGGCUCUGCAGACAACCUCGACAGUGAAUCCAGCGAAGUCUACCAGGCCGUCACCUCUAGUGACGAUGCUUUGGACGCCCCCUCCGGAGCUUCGUCUUCAUCUGAGUCGGAAUGUGCACCUAGCAGGGAGCGCUCGCGGAGGGGCAGCAGCGGCAACGCCAGCGAGGUGUCGGUGGCCUGCCUGACAGAACGCAUCCACCAGAUGGAGGAGAACCACCACAGCACGGCCGAGGAGCUCCAGGCCACGCUACAGGAGCUGGCCGACCUGCAGCAAAUCACUCAGGAGCUGAACGGAGAGAACGAGCGGCUGGGUGAAGAGAAGGUGAUCCUCAUGGACUCCCUGUGCCAGCAGAGCGACAAGCUGGAGCUGUACGGCCGACAGAUCGAGUACCUGCGCUCUCUGCUGGAUGAGCAUCACAUAUCGUAUGUGCUGGAGGAGGACAUUAAGAGCGGCCGCUACAUGGAGCUGGAGCAGCGUUACUCAGACCUGGCAGACAAUGCCCGCUUUGAGAGAGAGCAGCUGCUGGGGGUUCAACAACAUCUGUCCAACACACUGAAGAUGGCUGAGCAGGACAAUGCUGAGGCCCAGGAGAUGAUCGGAGCGCUGAAGGAGAGGAACCACCAGAUGGAGCGCAUCAUGGAGUCAGAGAGACAGGGCCGAGUUGCCAUGGCGGCUGCAGUUGAGGAGUACAAGGCGGCUGUGAGCAGCGACCAGUUGGAGCUGAACCGCUGCAGAGCCCAGCUGGACCAGGAGAGGCAGAGGGUCGCCGAGCUGUACUCUCUUCACAGCGCGGGGGACAAAAACGACAUCUGCCAGCUGCUGGAGGGCGUCCGUCUGGGGAAGGAAGAGGCUGAGGCCAAGGCGGCGAAGUUGCAGGAGGAGCUGGAACAAGCACACAGUGACCUUACCCGACUGCAGGAGACUUUCAGUAAGCUGGACAGGGAGUACAGGGACUUCCAGGGGCAGGUGCAGCAGCAGAUGACCGAGCAGGAGCGCACGCUGGACAAGCAGCGCAUCGAUCUGCAAGAGAAAGAGACCGAGAUCGCAGACAUGAAGGAAACCAUCUUUGAGCUGGAGGAUGAGGUGGAGCAGCACCGAGCCCUUAAACUCCACGACAACCUCAUCAUCACAGACCUCGAGAACUCUGUGAAGAAGCUGCAGGACCAGAAGCAUGACAUGGAAAGAGAGAUUAAGAUUCUCCACCGCAGACUGAGGGAAGAGUCGAUGGAGUGGCGUCAGUUCCAGGCUGAUCUGCAGACAGCCGUUGUCAUUGCUAAUGACAUCAAGUCCGAAGCACAGGAAGAAAUUGGAGAUCUGCGGCGCCGGCUGCAGGAAGCCCAGGAGAAGAACGAGAAACUAAGCAAAGAGCUGGACGAGGUCAAGAGCCGCAAGCAGGACGAGGAGAGAGGCAGAGUGUAUAACUACAUGAAUGCGGUGGAGAGGGACCUGGCUGCGCUCAGACAGGGGAUGGGUCUCAGCCGCCGAUCCUCCACCUCCUCGGAGCCGUCUCCCACCGUCAAAACACUCAUCAAGAGCUUCGACAGUGCCUCACAAGGUCCACCUACCAAUGGUACCUCCGUGACUCCAACAGCGUCAGCUACCCCGAUACCACGCACCCCCCUCAGCCCCAGUCCCAUGAAGACGCCCCCAGCAGCAGCCGUUUCACCCAUACAGAGACACUCCAUAAGUGGGUCUAUGUCAGCAACCAAGCCACUCUCCUCCCUCAGUGAUAAGAGGCCCAGCUACACAGACAUCAGCAUGCCAGCUGAGCACCUUCUCAGGGGAACCUCAGCUAGCCGGCCUCCGUCUGCCCUCCAGAGGGUCUCCAACAUGGACUCCACUAAGUCAAUUUCAGUGUCCCGGCGGAGCAGUGAGGAGAUAAAGAGGGACAUGUCGGCUUCAGAUGGAGCCUCCUCAACCUCCCUGAUGGCUAUGAGUGCUGCCUCCUCCCCGCUCUCCCUGUCAUCGUCCUCUCCCACUGCCUCCAUCACCCCCACAGCACGCAGCCGCCUAAGAGAAGAGAGAAAGGACCCGCUGUCAGCACUGGCCAGAGAAUACGGAGGCUCUAAGAGAAACGCUCUGCUAAAGUGGUGCCAGAAAAAGACGGAGGGAUACCAGAACAUUGAUAUCACAAACUUCAGCAGCAGCUGGAAUGAUGGCCUGGCCUUCUGCGCGGUGCUCCACACCUACCUGCCUGCCCACAUCCCCUACCAGGAGCUCACCAGCCAGGAGAAGAGGAGAAACUUCACCUUAGCUUUCCAGGCUGCAGAGAGUGUGGGCAUCAAAUGCACUUUGGACAUAAAUGAGAUGGUGCACACGGAGAGGCCGGACUGGCAAAGUGUCAUGACUUACGUCACUGCCAUCUACAAGUACUUUGAGACCUGACUUUACCUGCAGCACAAUCGGAGCCACGCAAGCCCCUCCUGAGCUCUCAGCAACCCCACGGUCAACUGUUAUACCUCACUGACACCCUCCCCCGCGCCUCACCCAGUCACGCUGCAUGUCGAUCCUCAGUAUUCAGCAACACUAAAGGCAGACCAGAACCUUGUUGGACACACCCAGCUACUCCAUCCUCCCGGCGCAGCGUAGAAGAUGCUUUGUGUAGAGUUGUAGUCCGAGGGCUUGCCUGUAUAUCUACUGUUACACUAGACGAGAAGCAACGCUGGUGAACCAAGUAUGAACUGACAAGCGAUGAAAUCCUGUAGAUCAUCUUUGCCCUCAGUUAACGCCUGAAGGAGCAGCAGGAAAAACAAAGUCUCAGUGCCUUCGACCUGGCUUUUCCUGGCAAACGUUCCCUGACGGUUGACCCGGUUUUCAGGGUGUUAAGGGGGAAUUCCUGCAAAUCUGACGCUCAGCGUUCUAGACGAGUCAUUUUCAUAAAUAGUCACAUGUAUUUUCUUUUGCCAGUUGUGAAUACUUUGUGGAAAACAUCAGCUUCUACAGAGUAACAAACCAAUCAUCGGUGAUGCUGGAAUUCCCCCACAGCCGUGAAAAUUCCCUCUGGAAGGAGUUCAGACAGACACAGCCUUUUUGCACCAAGUCUUCCAGAUGUUACAGUACGAUACAGAUGCCUCAAUUUCAAUGGAUUAAGUGCCUGUGGGAGUUUGGAUGCAGGAUACCAGGAUAUGAGCUCUCUGUAAUGGCCAAUCCUCCACAGAGGCAGUGUCUUUGUCAAACUGAAGAUUUGAAGAGUGCCAAAUGUGUUUCGGAGCCUUUUGAUUGUUGAUUUCUGGCUAAUUGGUCAUCAGGACGGAUCAAUGCUGCAGACAGCUAACUACAUCAGCAUCUGGUCUUGAGCGACUGUUUGCUUCUCAAGCACAGAAAUAUGCUAUUGCUACACCACUACUACACAUUUUGUCAAGCAGCACUAACACACUCAUACGAAGAUUUUUCACUCACAGAUUUAUUAGGGUGGACUGAUAUUCAUUUGAAUUGUAUGGAGUUGAAUGGUAAACUGCAAAACGAGAGUAUUUGCAUUUUUAAGGCCUGCAUUUGCCACCUUGCACUUAGGCUUCUCUCAUUGAGCACAUAGAGCACGUAAAAUUUAAUCCAAACCGAAACAUGGGAAAUUUUUUUUUAAUAUAAAAUGUGUUUUGAUUGAGACUUUAGUUCUGCUUGGAUCAGAGACUAUAGUGUAAAAUGGUGUCUCACCCGUGGACUCAAGUUUUUGGAAACCGGCAGAGACGAGUGACGGGGUCAGGACACACUUUUAUAUUUCAAUGCAGCAUCACAUUUAAGGACCUAUUUCUAAUAGAAGUUUAUUUUUGAGUCUCAUUCCCAACUCGUCAAAUAAUGGGAUGGCAAUUGGGAUGGCAGCAGACUCAUACUACAAUCCCAAAGUGUCAGUUUUUUAUGAGGUGGGAAUAAGACACAAAAAUCAGCUCUUCUUGCAAAUGGGUCCAAAAGUUAUAGUUCGACUUGUUGGGAAAUGUACUUAUCGGUUUGUUGCAGAGAGUUAGAUGAGAAGAUUAAUACUGGUUAACUUAGCUUAGCAUAAACAAACAGGGAAACAGCUAGCCCGUUUUAUCUAAAGCCAAAACUAAUUUGUUGCAUCAAGGAAUGAAACAAACAAGAUAUAACAUGUUAAAGGGGCAGUAUGUAGUUUUUGAGAAGAUUCAAACUCAGAAUUUUACUAUUUACAUUAUUAAUGAGGUAAUGAUACGUUUUCAAUGACUAAAUAAAC